AUGGCGCCACCAGGUCACGCUGCUAGCGUUCCCAACGUCCCUGGACGCAAGGUCGACAACCCGGAGCAGCUCAGCUUUCUUCGUGAUCACGUUCGUGACCUCUGUCGUCUCGAUCACGCGCGCUUCCCCGGUGCACAGCCUGUCUCUUUCGAAAAAGCUUCCAUCGAUCUCCUCCAAUCCGAAGACUACUGGGUCUGCGAAAAGUCGGACGGCCAACGUGUUCUCAUUCUCACCGUCAUCCCAUCGUUCACGGGGAUUCAAGAGGUGUUUCUUAUCGAUCGAAAAAAUGACUACUACAAGGUGGAAGGUGUCGUCUUUCCUCAUCACAUGCCCAAAGAUCCUGAAGUGGCUCGUGUCCAAGGCAUGCGCAACCAUACCUUGAUGGAUGGAGAGCUGGUCAUCGAUACCGACGCCAGUGGUAAGCAAAAGCUCGUGCUUCUUCUCUUCGACCUCAUCGUGCUCGACCGCGAACUUCUGGCGAAUCGUCCGUUCAGCAAGCGCUACAGUCGUCUCAAGAGCUUUGUCUAUCCUCCUUACGCCGACUAUCUCAAACGCAAUCCUGCCGCAGCAGCGCGUCGCCCUUUCGACAUGCAAGUCAAGAAGAUGGACUUGGCCUAUGGUAUCCAGAUGGUUCUGUACGAAACCGUGCCCAACCUUUUACAUGGCAACGAUGGCCUCAUCUUCACCUGCCUGAACAGCGGCUACGUCAUGGGAACCCAUCCCAAGAUUCUCAAGUGGAAGCCACCAAACGAAAAUACAAUCGACUUCAAGCUCAUUCUCCGCUUUCCACCAGACCUGGAACGUGACCCACGCGGCAACCUUCCGAACCUCUCGCUCAUGCCUUUCUUUGAGUUGCAUCAGUAUCUAGGCGAUUCUGCAAAUGAAGAUUACGAGUUCUUCGACGAGCUCUGGGUCGAGCCGGAGGAGUGGAGGCAGAUGGUCGACUCCGGAGAGCAGUUCGACGACCGUAUUGUCGAAUGUGUAUGGAACGUCGAUCCGCAGCCUGCGACCGAACCUUACAUCUCUCAACAUUUGUCGCUGCCGCCAAGGUGGAGGAUGAUGCGCAUCCGUGAUGACAAACAUCAUGGAAACCAUCGAUCCAUCGUCGAAAAGAUCCUCAAAUCAAUUCGUGACGGCGUUGAAGCUGACGAGCUCGUCAAAGCGGCCCCCGCAAUUCGUGCAGCCUGGAAGACAGCAAAAAGAGAGAAGCGACGCCAAGAAGGCGGGCAAGUACCUGUCUCCAACGCUGCGACGACUCCCUCGAAUCCUUCCUCAUCUCAGCCUGCAUCAACUCAAAGCAAUGGACUUGAGGCCUUUGAUGCCUCCAUGCCUUUCGGUGGCAUGGCAUACCGUGGAGUCAAGGGCAAAGCACCACCAUUAGCAUCCGGCGGUCCACCAGGUCUUAUUCGAAGAUGA